UUUCUGUUCAGUCGUGUUUGCUCAAAGAAAAGAGAAUAUCAUACUACUGUUAACAAGUAUGAAAUGGAACUGCUUGAGGAAAAGAGAAAACAAGAUCAGCUACAAGUUCAGAUUCGGUGUCUCAGGAAGAUUUAUUUGAACCAGAAUGAAACAUCUUCACAAGAGUUAAACAUCAGUGAAGUACUGCAGAGUUUGCAGUUGGAGGCAGAGAGCAUUCUCAAAGAUGUAUCAGAAAUGGAAAGUGAACUUCUCUGCAUAGAGGCAGAGUUACAGCAGGAAGAAAGUGCUAGAAAAGAAACAAUGCAGUUCUGGGAAGCUUGUUCAGGAACUCACUGUGAUGCAGAGGAACUUAAAGAAGAGUUAAAGAAAGAUAACGAAAGACUUUUGCAAGUCAUUAACUUCUGGACUCCUAAAGUAAAGAUACUACUUCAACUUUCUUCAGAGCUAGAUGUCAGAACUGCCAAUUAUUCUAAAAAUGCUGAUGUUGAAUUGAAACAGAGAAAAGGGAAAAGUGAAGAAUUGCUUCAGGAACUGAACGCUCUUAAAGAACAACUGGCCCCUGGUGGCUCUGCCAGUCUCGCAUUAGAAGAAGAGAACUACAAGCUGCAUAACAAAUUAAAGGCUGCAGAGCAAGAUAUAAAGACUAUGGAAGUAAAAAUUCAGAAGUUGGAAAAUGUCGUAAGUGAAGUAGGAAAAAAUGCCAAAGAGAAAGAUGACAGGAUAAACAAGUUACAAGCACAGAUAAGAAUACAAACAGCAACAAGUGAGCUCACCCAACUGCAAGCCAAACUGAAUGAGUCGGAGAAGUGCCUCAGAACUGCCUUAACAGAGAAUCAGACUCUUCAGGCAAAAUUAGAUAAAGGUGCUGAGUUGUACAAAGAAGAAAUUGAUCAUCUCAAAACACAAUUGGUAAAAUAUGAUAUGGAAAGAAUGAAACAAUCCAACUCUUUUGAUAUGAAACUUGCUAAUUAUAAAGCUCUUGCAGAACACCAAGAACAACAGUUAAGAAAGCUAAAAGAAGAACUUAGAAGAGCACAGCAAGAGCAAGAUGUUACUGUGGUGCUAGAAAAAGAAGCUCCUCAGCAAUCCCAAAUACCCCUUACUUGUGGUGGUGGCAGUGGUAUUGUGCAGAGCACGCAAAUACUUGUUCUAAAAUCUGAACAAACUAAGCUACAGAAAGAGAACUCGCACCUGAAGAAACAAAAUGACCUUCUACUGAGUAAUGAGCUUCAACUGAAAGAGGAACUUAGAAAAUGGAAAGAAAGAGCACUAAAAUGGAAAGAACGAUGCUCAAGAGAAACCACUCGAGAGACAGUACCAAGGUCUCCAAGGAAGACUGUGUCAUAUUCCCUUAAAGAACAAAUGCCUUCACCCUCCAAGGAACCUAUUUCUCAGGAAAUUGUGACUCAGGACAUAUCUAAGCCUCUGCCACUGACUUGUCCAACAAAUUUCUUUGAUAAUUCCAGCUUGGGUACUCUAACAGAUACACGACCUCCGGGAAUAGAGCCCACAGAAGAACAUCUUAAGCACUGGUUUGGAACGUCAGAGAAAGAUAAAGCCCCUGAUUGUACCACCCAAUAAAAGUGCUCUGUUGUAAGCUGCCUUUGCAGUUGCUACAGCCAG